AUGGAAGCCAAGGAAGGAAAGCAACCCGAGGAAGUUCAGCCCGAGAAGGAAGUCGCGGAAAGAAGUGAAGAGGUUCAGCUACCCAGGGAGGAGCUGAUCCUCUCGGCGAGCGCAGUGGCGGUGCUCGCCUUCGAGGUGAUCGUGAUCGCCCUCGUGGUCACGUACAUCGUUGUCACCACGCCGAGCAAGCCGCCGUUUGUGGAGCUCAUCGAGCCCUGCCUCAACCUGAGCUGCUUCCAGCUCGAUCUGGAGCUGCACACGUCGAUGAACCUGUCGGUGGACCCGUGCACGCACUUCUACCAGUACGCGUGUGGCCAAUGGGGUGACUACCACCAGGGAUUCGCGGACCAGUUCGACCUACUAGAGACAAAGGUUUCCAGCUUCGUGAAGCUCCGACUGAUGGAGGAGGCAAAGCUAGCUGCGGGAGGCUCCUCUCAUACGAUUGACCAAAGUGCUGCACGCUACCUGUCGUGCGUAGAUGUCUACACUAAACAAGGCGACGCGUCGUCGGUGAUUAAAGAGCACGUGUUCUCGAAGCUCGAGGAAAAUUUCGCGGACAAAACGAAAAAGAUACCUUCGUCAGUGCAAGAAACGCUCAACCUCCUGGUACACCUAUCCCUCGAUUGGAACCUAGGUAUUCUCGUCGACUUGAUGAUCGCGCCAAUCCACAAGAGUGCGACACAAGAACAACUAGCGAGGAACAAAAUAAUCAUACAUAUCGAUUACAGCGAUAGCGUCCCGCUGUGGAAAAGACACAAGGAGAAGUUUCUUACGCCGGAAAAGCUUACGCAUUGCUUCCAAGAGUUCUCGAGCUUGAUUUCAAGCGGCGACGGGAAGGACGUCGAUGUAGCGGGGCUCGUCAAAGUCGACGUCUCCGUUUCCACAAAAUGGAGCCUCGCGGCCUCGUCUCCAGAAAGAAAGCCAAAGUACAUUCAGGUAAAAGAGAUACCUUCUACGAAGCUGAAAGCUGCGGACUGGCUGUCGGCGCUAAACGGUCGCCUUCCCCAGGACGUACAGCUGACUGAGGAUAGCGACUUAUACGUAGACGACUUGGGAAUGUUUGUCCUCACUGAAGAGGUGCUACCGGAGGACGAGCUCAAGCUCUUCUACGCACUCGUUAAGUUCCACGUAGCUCGGCUUCUCGCGCCUUUCACUUCGUACAAGUUGAUGCACACCGUCUUGGGAAACCCGCCUAAUGACACGGCUGCUUCGCAGAUCGUUACGAGAGAGUGCGCCGCCGCUGUUGACCGGCUGUUUCCGUUCGCCUGGCCGAUAUUCGUCUUUGGCGCCAACAUCACGGCCGAGAAAAUGAAGAAGGUCCAGACACUGUUCGUGGAACUGAAGAGCAGGACGAAAGCGGCUCUGUCUUGGCUCUCGGACGACGAUCGGAAAGCCGCCGAGGCAAGGCUGGACUCGCUAAUCUCCAUCGUCAGUUGGCCAGAGAAAUAUAACGACCCGAACGAGCUGGCCAAACUAUACCCGCAAGUUCAGGAUAAAAAGGCCGCCUUCAUUGGGACUUAUCUGACCUCCAUCGAAGCACUCAACGGCAAACGCAAAUCCGACCUGGCCGCCGGCGCAGACAGCACGCAGCCGGCAACUGAAGGUAACGAUCUUCGGUCUUUCAAAGCCACCGCGAUGUACGCUCCGGGGCGCGGCAGUUUUUACAUCUCGCCGGCCAUUUUGUUCGAGCCGUUCUUCGUUCAGGCGAGCGACGCAUUCACGUGGGGUUCCCUGGGCCAGGUCCUGGCGCACGAACUCUGGCACGUUGCUUUUGGUGACUUCACUCUCGGCUUAUCCCCGGCGACAGACGUGGUCGUGAGCGCAACGCGCUUUAACAAGCACACGUGCGUCUCCAAGGCCGUGGAGGAAGCCGGGAGCGAUGCCAAGACCGCGGCCUUCUCAGCACCUGAAGACUUUGCCGACGUCGCCGGUUUGCAAACUGCGCAUUCUUCCUUCGCCGAUAGCAGCAGCAGUACGAAAGCGGGUGCUGUAGGUACCGCGGGUUUUAACCCAGAACAGCUGUUCUACAUUGGCUCCUGCUUCAAAUGGUGCGCGCAGAAAGGCGAUGCUCAUCCGCUGGGUUCUGCGGCUAACACAAAGCCGUACGUGCGAUGUAACGCACCCAUCAUGAUGGUCGCUGGCUUCGCUGAGGCAUUUGACUGCCCUCACGGCAGUCCCAUGAUGAAACUUCAAACGGCUAAGCGCUUCUGCAACGAAUCGAACUCGGGAGAACGCCCAGCAUCUCGAGCCAUAAAAUGAUCUGGCUUUGCUUGCUCG